AUGGAAGGAACCUCACUGGCCUUCAGAAUCCAGUCCCACGGGCCCAAGCACCGCCCCCUCAGGACUGAGCGCGCUCGGAAGAGCGGGAGACGCGGACACCAUCCUCAGCGCAGGAAACAGGGCGGCCGCAGGAACAAGGCCCGACGUGCUAAAGGCCAGUUCCGUUAUCUGCAGCCAUGGUUGGUGCAGCAUGGGGAUGAGUUUGAGGGGAAACCCUCCGGUGUGGCUCCAUCAAAGAGCCCGGCCCAAGCCAGCCCACCUCCAUCUCCCACUGACAUGGAGUACACUACCAACCCCAGCCCCAACCCCAGCCCCAGCACAUCCCUGCUGACCACGGCAAAUACUGAGCGGCCUCCCACCUCCACUAAUCCCCAGAAAUGGAGCAGGAGGAAGCAGCAACAUGAGGUGAUGCCCACUCUUGACAUGACUCUCUUUGACUGGACUGACUACGAGGACAUGAGACCAGCAGAAACAUGGCCAACCUACAAAAGGAAAGGCAAGUGGCACGGUAAGAAUCUGAGUGGUGGAAAUACGACAGCGGAUACGGACGCCGUAGAAGCAUGCGACCACCACCUGGACUGCCUCUCAGGAUCCUGCUGUGACCUGAGGGACCAUGAGUGCAGGCCUUACAAUCGCGGGCUCAAUAACAAAUGCUACGAUGACUGCAUGUGUACCGAGGGGCUUCGCUGUUAUGCCAAAUUUCAUCGCAAACGUCGGGUGACCAGGCGGAAGGGGCGGUGUGUGGAGCCUGAGUCAGCAAACAGUGACCAAGGGGCAUUCAUCACGGUGUGAAACAGCUGGGGGACCAAGGAAGAGUGCCAUGUCACCCUCCCCCCUGCCCAAAUAUUAGAGGAGAAAAAGAGCUCACCCCCAGAUAUCUGCCCCAGUCUGUGUCCUGUACACACACCCAACAGAAACUCUACAUACUCCACAUGCAUCGAAUUGCGACCUGGCAAAGAAGCAUUCAUAUGUCUUCUUCCUUUCAGAUUGCUGCCCUAUCAUGUACUUAUUCACUGAAAUAUGUUACAAGAAUGGAUUCACACGAUUCGUUUUCGGAACUGUGCUUUUUACUGUUGUUUAUAGAUCUCCUUGUUCAUAUUGACCGUGCUGCAGUGUUUGUGAUACUUCAUUGACCUCAAAUAUUUAAUUCCCACAGUGCCUUCGAGAGGGCCGAUGUGUAGCAUGGGGGUAGAGUAGGAACAUCUACAGGAGCCUUGGGGGGGUCACGAGUAGGGGUUCAUUGUGGGUACAGCAGGUGUCAAGUGGAGAUUUUAAUGGUACACAGUGAGAUUACAUCUAUUGGGUCUUGUGUGUAUACACAGCACCUAACCCCCAUAAAACCAGCAGGUGCCAAUACGUUAUGGUGAAAUGUUACUUAAAAAUGUAACAUUCUUUGAAUGUAUAUUAGUAAAUGUAUUACAAAGUGUAUUAGUUGUUUCCAAUUUUGCAUGAAAUCUUAUGUAUAUGUUGUUGAUAAUUGUUUUUAUGACAUUUCAUGGCAUGCAUAAAAAUGAAGGCAUAGUUAAAAAAGUUUAAAUUGUGCACAUAUUGUUUAAUACACAGGUAAAUGUGACAUUUUAAAAAAGUAUUACUUUUUACUAUUUUAAUAUCAGUCACACACAUAGGGUAGAUGAUCUGUUGGAUUUUAAAGGGACGGUGGGGUAUAGUAAUAUAGACAUGGUCAUAGCUCACUUGUAGAAAAUUGUGUCAUGGUCACAAAUUAUGAUUUGUUAGAGUAAUGUAUUUGUGAAUCUGAUUUUAUCAUUAAAAAUGAUUCAAUUGG